AUGGAAGUAAGAGAAAUUCAUAUGCUGAGGUGGAUAUGUGAUAAAACUAUAAUGGACAAGAUAAGAAACCAGGAGUUUAGGGAGAAGUUAGGAGUUGCAUCUCUUUCUGUUAAGAUGCGGGAGAACAGGUUGAGAUGGUUUGGGCAUGUGCAGAGAAUGACCCAUGACGGCCCAGUAAGAAGGAUCGAAUGCAUCAUAGUAGAGGGCAAGAGAAGUCGAGAAAGAUCAAGGAGAACAUGGGAGGAACAGAUUAAAAGUGACCUACACGAACUCCACCUCUCUAAUGACCUGACCAGGGAUAGAGCCAGUUGGCGGUGCCUUAUACAUGUCUUAGAUUACUAG